ACCAGUAAAAGUCAGGAGUGCUGGGAGUGGUGGUGCACGCUUGUAAACCCAGGAGUAAGAGAAGACAGAAUAACAGCAGCGCAAGGCCACUGUGAACUCUAUACCGUGAGCUUAGGAACAGGCGAAAAAACACGCGAGACCCUCGUAAAGACAGGGACAGCUCUCCGGAUCCAGGAGUCAACUUUGCUUAAAAGCAGCUCAGGGAGGUCAGCAUGCCGGGAGACAGAGCGCUCUAAAAGCCUCUGGGUCACAAACUGCCCCGAGCUCCACUCACACCCGCAGGGCCCGGUUUGCGGCGUCCGCCUCAGCUGUCGCCGCCCAGACCGAGGGCCAGGAAGCGGGAGCAAAUCAGAGUGGAAGGCGCAGGCGCGUGCACUGUCCAAUCAGGUGGGCCGAGGUCCAAUCAGGUGGGCCGAGGGAGGAGGGCUCUGCUUCUCGGCAGCUGAGCCCAGGUGCGGAGUACUUUGCGGAGAGCCAGUUUCCCUGGCUACACCUCCUGGAUUUAGGAUUGCUGCUGGCUGCAGCCUUCGUGGAAAGGACCCUGGAAGACCCUCAAGCCACGCAAUGGAGGAAGUAUCCUUUGAGGAUGUAGCUGUAAACUUCACCGUGGAGGAGUGGGCCUUGCUGAAUCCAUCACAAAAGAAGCUGUAUGGAGAUGUGAUGUGGGAAACCUUUAGGAAUGUGGCUGAUAUAGGAAGAAACAGGGAUAGUAAGAAUAUUGAAGAUGAGUACAAAAAUUGCAGGAGAAAUCUAAGCAGUGAAGAAAUAGAGAAAUUUGGUGAAUAUGAAUUAUGGUAUCAACAUGGAGAAAUGAUUUUCUGGACUACAGAUACUAAUGUAAACAUAAAAACAGCUGGUACAAAACCAAGCGAAAGCCUUGGCUCUAGCCCUGUAAUUGGUCAUUCAUCCCUAUAUGUACCCAUCAUAGCGAACACGGGAUUCAAAUCAUAUGAGUAUCAGGGAUUUGAAGAGAAUCUGUCUAGCUGUAGCAAAUAUGGGAAAGCCUGCACUGAAUCCCAGUCUUCUCAGAAGCCUGCAAAUACAAAUCCUGGAGAGAAACCUUAUGAAUACAAGCAAUAUGGAAAAUUAUACUCGUAUCCCACUGCAGGAACUAACACUGAAGAGAACCACCCCUCUGUAUAUGAGCAGGAUGUGAAAGUCAGUACACCCAACUGUGUUCAAAUCUGGGAAAGAAAUCACAGUGGAGUGAAUAUCUAUAUAUGUACACAAUGUGGAAAAGGUUUCAAUUCUCAUCAAUUUAUUCAUACACACGAAAGAGCUCAUAUUGGCAAAAAAACCUAUGUAUCUAAACAGAAUGGGAAAUCUUUUACUAAUAGCACUUCAUUUGGAAAUCAAAGCACUCACGUAGGGGAGAAAUCCUAUCUAUGUAAGCACUGUGGGAAAGCUUUCAGCACGCACAGUGAUUGUCAAAGACACGAACGAACUCACACUGGGGAGAAACCCUAUGAAUGUAAGCAGUGUGGGAAAGCUUUCAGAACACACAGUGAUUGUCAAAGACACGAACGAACUCACACUGGGGAGAAACCCUAUGAAUGUAAGCAAUGUGGGAAAGCUUUCCGGACGCAUAGUGAUUGUCAAAGACAUGAAAGAACUCACACUGGGGAGAAACCUUAUGUAUGUAAGCAAUGUGGGAAAGCCUUUAGCACACACAGUGAUUGUCAAAGACAUGAAAGAACUCACACCGGGGAGAAACUCUAUGAAUGUAAGCAGUGUGGAAAAGCUUUUAGCACACAUAGUAAUUGUCGAAUUCAUGAAAGAAUUCACACCGGGGAGAAACCCUAUGUAUGUAAGCAUUGUGGGAAGGCAUUUAGCAGACACAGUAAUUGUCAGAUACAUGAACGAACUCACACUGGAGAGAAGCCCUAUGUAUGUAAGCAAUGUGGGAAAGGUUUUAGCAGACUUGGUACUUGUAGAAUACAUGAAAAAAUUCACACUGGGGAAAAACCCUAUGUAUGUAAGCAGUGUGGGAAAGGUUUCAUCAGAUACAGUUAUUGUCAAAUACAUGAAAGUACUCAUAUUGGGGAGAAACCCAAUGAAUGUAAGCAAUGUGGGAAAGCUUUCAGCACACACAGUUAUUGUCAAAGACAUGAAAGAACUCAUAGUGAGGAGAAACUCUGUAUAUGUAAGCAAUGUGGGAAAGGUUUCAAGACACACAGUGACUGUCAAAGACAUGAAAGAACUCACACUGGAGAGAAACCCUAUGUAUGUAAGCAGUGUGGGAAAGCAUUCAGCAGACAUGGUAAUUGUCAGAUGCAUGAACGAACUCACACUGGGGAAAAACCUUAUGCCUGUAAACAAUGUGGGAAAGCUUUCAGCAGACAUGGUGCUUGCCAAAUACAUGAAAGAACUCACACUGGGGAAAAACCCUAUAUAUGUAAGCAAUGUGGAAAAGCAUUCAUCAGACACAGUCACUGUCAAAUACAUGAAAGAACUCACAUUGGGGAGAAACCCUAUGAAUGUAAGCAAUGUGGGAAAGCUUUCAGCACACACAGUGAUUGUCGAAGACACGAAAGAACUCACACUGGGGAGAAACUCUAUGUAUGUAAUCAAUGUGGGAAAGCUUUCAGUACACUCAGUAGUUGCCGAACACAUGAACGAACUCACACUGGGGAAAAACCUCAUGUGUGUAAGCAAUGUGGGAAAGCUUUCAGCACACGGAGUCAUUGUCGAAUACAUGAAAGAAUUCACACUGGGGAGAGACCCUUUGUAUGUAAGCAAUGUGGGAAAGCUUUUAGCACACACAGUAAUUGUCAAGUUCAUGAAAGAACUCACACUGGGGAGAAACCCUAUGUAUGUAAGCAGUGUGGGAAAGCUUUCAGCACACCGGGUUGUUGUCGAAAACAUGAAAGAACUCACAGCAGGGUGAAGCCCUAUGUAUGUAAGCAGUGUGGGAAAGCUUUCACAACACAGAGAUAUUGUCGAAUACAUGAAAGAACUCACACUGGGCAAAAAUCCUAUGAAUGUAAGUAAUGUGGGAAAGCUUUUACAACUCAGAGGUACUGUCAAGAACAUGAAAAAACACCCUGGGGAGAAAGCCUUUGUAUGUAAGCAAUGUGGGAAAGUUCAGCACACAGUAUUUGUAAGAUGUGAAAUAAUUCACUGGCUAUAAACCAUACCUAUGUAAGCAAUGAAGAAAAACUUUGAGCACAUUCUGGUGUUGUCCAAUUCAUGAAUCAUAAAGGAGACAAAUGCUUUUUAUGUAAGUUACAUCAAAAAGCAUUCAGUUAUGCUUAUAGAUAAUAAACAAUUAAGAGAAAUUUAACUGUGAAUUUAUAAAGUGACUUGCACUGACCUGAAAGGACAUAGUGGGGAGAAGUCCAUCCUUUAUAAGUUCAUGAAAAAUUCAAGCCUAACCCUAACCUCCCAGGCCAGGUGUCUUCUUUCAUUCUGUCCAGAUAUUUGGUACACAGUUGAGAACUCUGUUCUCGUUUACCAAGUUUGAUUGAUUUUGCCAUAUCUUCACAAAUUUGAACAUAAAACCACUCCUCUCAAGGAUAGAAGAGGAUUGUUAGCUUGCAUAUCUGUAUGUUCUUUAUCCAAGUUUCUAAUCUGCACUCCUGAUGUUCAGCAAGUAGUCAGACCCUUGUUUGCUGGUGUCUGAAGCCUUCAUGUGCUGCUUUGUUUACUGUUCACUGUGCACAAUCUGUACAUGUUCUCUGAUUUUUUCCUUGUUAGAUGUAGGCAAAUAUGUAUAAAUUUAUAGUUCCCAUGUGGUAAUUUAGUGUUUAAGUAUUUUUCAAUAAAUUUAUUUUCAAAAAGGGUUUUGGUGAGACAAUAGUAACAAUAUAAAUAUCCUGGGAACACUCAAAACCUUUUAAAGCUGGGCAGUGGCUAAGAGUACCCCCGUGAAAUCCUAUACUACCUACUCUUGUCUUCUCCUUGAAUUGCUUCUUUUGCUGUUUUUCCUAAGUUUACCAUGUGUCAUUGUCACUACCAGUAUUCUUUCAGUUUUGAAUCUUUGGAGUAUUCAGUAAAUGAGUACUAUAGAACUUGCACAAAAAUGCAUUAUAUGUGGUUUAUUUGUCUCACUGUAUUUCACAUGUGCUCAUGUGUGAGUUAAGGGCAAAGGACUUCCUCAUCCAUUAUGGUGAUCACGUGGUUAAAGUUUUUUUCAAUUUUAUUUUUUAUAGCUGUGAAAAAAAAUCACAUUUGCCUCCAGAAACAGCAGCACAAUAUAUUUUCUGGACACUGGAAUGAAGUCAGUGGUCUGUAGUUAUUGGUAUACUCCAAAGUAUAAGAUAUGGCUCUGGAGUGUCAUUUGAUCAUUUAUUCAUAAGUGUACUUACUACUAGUAAAGUCUUUGCACAAUUCCAUUUUCUUUGGCUAUUUCCUGAACCAAGGUCAUGGAUCUUGUUUAUAUUCAGUGUUUUCUCUUGAAGUGCAUAUGUUUUGUUCACUUUUCUUAUGUGUUUGUUGAUUCUUACUGAGUAUACAAAUUCUUACUAUAUAUUGUGCAAAUGUUUUUUUAAUUUCUUGUCUCUGUUGUCCAUCAUGACUUACAUGAUAUCAGUAAUUCUGAUGGCUUCAUGAUUUUCUUCUGGUAAAAGAAUUUUUGUUUACAUACAAAAGAUAUUUGGUGGAAUUCUCAAAGUAUUGAAGUUUCUCUUUCCUAUAUCAAAAUACAACUAAAUUAUUGUACAUGGACUUUGAUGAAUAAAGUGCAUCUUUCAAUACAGGUACCAGUUUGUCCCUGCCUCUUUUAUUAAACAGAUGGUGAUUUCUGCCAUUUUGCUCAGUAAGAGCUCUAUCAUGAA